AUGGGCCAGAAGCGGCGCCGCUUGGCUCUGUCAUGUGUGGCAUGUCGCAGGAGAAAGGUCAAAUGCGACAGAACCUAUCCGACCUGUAUUCGUUGCCAGAAAGGUGGUGUCAGUUGUGAUUAUGUGUCGUACACUUCGAAAGAAGGCCUCCCAACUCCUUCUGAUGAGAGUCCGCAUCAACAACGAGAACCAUCGGUUGCAUCCUGGAACGAGGAGGCAAAUGUAUGGUAUUCUCGCUCGAAAGCGCGAGCAAGCAACGUUCGUCCCCAGGACGACGCAGGUAACGACCCUUCAUCCUCUACUCAGCGAGGGCCACCACCAACGAAGUCAUUAUCAGAGCUUCAAGAUCGCAUCUACGAUCUGGAACUUCGCCUGGAUUCAAAUCGCUCGCGCGUAACUUCGGAGAAAUUCAUCGGUCGGCCGAGUUUACCAGGUUUCUCCAGUGAUAAGAACGCGUUUCAAGAUUCCGAACGAGCUCUUCUACGAGGUGCCGGUUUCAAGACCCAGUACAUGGGCCCAAGUCAUGGCGCCAGUCUACUACUACAGUUUGAAGAGCUAUCAGGUUUUGUCAAAGAUAUCCUGCAUCGGCUCCCUACACUGCAAAAAGCGAGAAGUGACUGGAAGCAGAAAAGACAGGCGAUCAGACCAUCGAUAGUCCUACCGGACCAUGAGACCUUGGUCUCAUUUAUACCUGACCAGGCCACCACAGACCAACUUGUACAGCUCUACUUCGAAGUGUUUGAGACCACCUACCGAGUUCUUCACGCGCCGACAUUCUUCCGCAGCUACAAAGAGUUCUGGAUCGCAUCGCACGAGCCUUCAACAGCGUUCGUUGUCCAGCUUCUCCUAGUCUGUGCCGCGGUGAACACAGUGUUACCCGACAGACCAAAUACCUUUGUCGGCCCAAGCUCAGUUCAGCGUGAUCUUGCGUCAAAAUGGAUCGACGUCUGUGAAACAUGGCUUGACUUGCAAAGUCAGAAGCACAUGACACUCGAAGUAUUUCAAGUCCAGGUGCUUAUUACCCUGGCAAAGAAAAUGAAUUGUAUCAAAUUGAAACGGUCUUGGACUGUUGCCGGUCACUUACUGAGACUCGCAAUGACUAUCGGUCUACACCGAGAACCCACUUUGCUGAGCAAAAAGAUUUCGCCCUUUGAUCAGGAAAUGCGCCGCCGGCUGUGGUUCACUAUCCUCGAGCUCGAAAUUCAAGCCAGUCUUGACCGUGGCAUGUGCGCCAGCCUGGGCCCACUCGAUUGGGAUUGCCUGGCGCCAUUGAACAUUCACGAUGAAGACUUUGACCAGACCACCGAGAAGAUGCCGAGACCGCGGCCGAUGACCGAGUUCACUCGAACCUCAUUCUUGUGCUUAGCCUUUAGGCACCUCCCGUUGAGACUUGACGUUCUUUCCAGGAUAAAUAGUGUUCGCAAUUGCAUUGAUAGCGACCACGCGCUCGAUCUUGACCAAAAGAUCCGGAAACACUUGGAUGAGAUUCCGAAAUGGACCGAUCACGCUGCCAAAAUUGCAUCUCUUCCGCUAUCCGAACUUUUGCUUCACGAGUUUCUCCUGCAGAUACAUCAACCUCUCGUGGCUCAGGGAGAAACUCAAUCGUGCCAUUUCUUCUCGAGGCUGGCUCGGCAAGAUGCUGCUUUGUCUACGGUCAGGAUAUACGCCGAGCUGCGAUCCAACACGGCCGUCAUACUCACCAACAUGCGGGACGACGUUUUCCCGGCUCUUUUGGCUCUGUGCCAUGUGAUGAUCAUGUCCUUGGAGUCGAGAGAUCUCAUGCAUGAUAGAAACACAACGCUGAAACUCAUCAAGCAAGGAGUGGACACCAUGGAAGAUCGCAUCCGAUUGGUAGGACAAGGGUUUCACUCUUACUGGCUCUCAAGCAGUGCGCUUGGGCUUCUCCAGUCAAAAUUAUCGCCCGAAAAGCCGCCAGAGGUACACGCUCAAGAAACCGCGGACCGUGUAGCUGGGCUGCAUCGAUACAUGAUGGAUCGGCAGGAGGAUCCAGCAGAUAGGAUGACGGUUGGAGUCGAAGAUGCCACCAUGAACACUGCCAGCGCUCUUGUGGGAAUGAGCGCACAACUUCCUAAUCCUACAAUGCCCGACAUGGACACGUUUGCACCCAUCGGAGGACAGUUUAAUGCUUUCUCCGAUACUUUGUUUGACUUUGAUAUGGCCGAUAUCUGGGGAGCUGGGAACUAUCAACAGUUCUAA